GACUAGACUCGGGUUGGUUGAAAAAAUAGAAAGAAAAUAAAAAAUGACAUGGCUUUUGGGCAGACCACUAACCAGAUAACACGUGGGCGUUGCAGAGUACAUUUUCCCAUGGUGUCUCCUUCUUCUUCGACUUACUUCAUUUUUCCUGGUUCUCAGAAGAAGCAUUAUGAAGAUUCCAUUUUUCGUUUCAGUCAGAUAAGAAGAAGUUCCCGCCUUUCUCGGGUAUGCAAAACAUGUUGGCGCAGCUGAAGGAGACGUACGUUUGCGUCCCCUCGACGGAGCGCGGCCGGGGCAUCCUCAUCUCCGGCGACGCGAAGUCCAACUCCAUCCUCUACUGCAACGGCCGAUCCGUCAUCAUCCGGUACCUCGAUCGCCCCCUCGAGGUCGCUGUCUACGCGGAGCACGCUUACCCGACCACCGUCGCCAGAUACUCUCCCAACGGCGAGUGGAUCGCCUCUGCCGACGUCUCCGGCACCGUCCGGAUCUGGGGCACUCACAACGAUUUCGUUCUCAAGAACGAGUUCCGCGUCCUGUCUGGCCGGAUCGACGAUCUCCAGUGGUCGCCUGAUGGGAUGCGCAUUGUAGCCUCCGGCGAUGGAAAGGGGAAAUCCCUAGUUCGCGCAUUCAUGUGGGAUUCAGGUUCGAAUGUUGGAGAAUUUGAUGGCCACUCAAAGAGAGUUUUGAGCUGUGCAUUUAAGCCGACAAGACCUUUCCGCAUUGCAACAUGUGGAGAGGACUUUUUGGUGAACUUUUAUGAAGGACCCCCUUUUAAGUUCAAGCUAUCUCACAGGCAUCAUUCUAAUUUUGUAAACUGCUUGCGGUUCUCCCCAGAUGGUAACAAAUUAAUAAGUGUCAGUUCUGACAAGAAGGGUGUACUUUAUGAUGCCAAAACAGGAGAUAAAAUUGGAGAGCUAUCUUCAGAGGGAGGCCAUCAAGGUAGUAUAUAUGCUGUGAGUUGGAGUCCUGAUAGUAAACAGGUGCUUACUGUAUCAGCAGACAAAUCUGCCAAAAUAUGGGACAUAUCUGAUGAUGGAAACGGGACUGUGAAGAAAACAUUAGCAUGUUCUGGUUCGGGUGGAGUUGAGGACAUGCUAGUUGGGUGUCUAUGGCAGAAUGAUCAUCUUGUAACUGUUUCUCUUGGUGGCACUAUUUCAAUAUUCUCUGCAACUGAUCUGGAUAAAGAGCCUAUUUCUUUCUCUGGGCACAUGAAGAACGCCAAUUCAUUAACAGUGCUGAAAAGUGAGCCGAACAUUAUUUUAUCUAGCAGCUUUGAUGGUUUGAUUGUGAAAUGGGUUCAAGGUGUUGGCUACUGUGGAAAACUAGAGAGGAAGGCUAAUUCUCAAAUCAAAUACUUGGCUGCUGUUGAUGGAGAAAUCGUUUCAUUUGCAUUUGACAACAAAAUAUGGAGAGCAUCUCUACGUGGAGAUCAAUGCGCCAGUGAAGAAACUGUUGACAUCGGAAAUCAACCUAAAGACUUGACCCUUGCUCUUCACUCACCCGAGCUGGCUUUAGUUGCCAUUGAAACGGGAGUUGUUAUCCUUAAAGGGACCCAUGUGGUUUCAACGAUCAACCUUGGAUUCCCAGUGGCGGCAUGUGCAAUUUCACCCGAUGGAACUGAAGCCAUAGUUGGUGCUCAGAAUGGGAAACUGCAUUUAUAUUCAGUAGCUGGUGAUACUCUCAAUGAAGAGGCUGUCCUUGAGAAACACAGGGGAGCUAUCACUGUCAUUCGUUACUCUCCAGAUUUGUCCAUGUUUGCCUCGGGUGAUGUCAAUCGAGAGGCUGUUGUCUGGGAUCGUGCUUCUCGUGAGGUGAAGGUGAAGAACAUGCUAUACCAUACUGCCCGGAUAAAUUGCUUGGCAUGGUCCCCGGACAAUACUCGGGUAGCAACCGGAUCACUAGAUACCUGUGUCAUCAUAUAUGACAUCAACAAACCCGCAUCGGAUAGAACAACAAUCAAGGGAGCUCAUUUGGGAGGAGUUUACGGAUUAGCUUUCUUGGAUGACCACAACAUCGCGAGCUCUGGUGAAGAUGCGUGUGUCCGGGUAUGGACCCUAACCCCACAGUGACCACGAUUACGGUUUGUUUGCUGCUUGCAAUGGUUUCUCAAGUAUAAUAAUAAUAACCAUAUCAAUUUUUUUUUUUUUUUUUGGGUUUCAACUGUCAACUUCAUCUACCUGUCUCUCCAGGCUUGAUCAAAUUAUGGUGUCUAAGAAAUUACAAACUCUCUGUCACAUUUUUCACAGUGACAGGAAUGCAUCUUUUUCAGAUUGAUUUGGGUUGCAUUACCUGUGCAACCCAUCCAUCUUUAUUUAUGUUCAUGGCUUGAAAUAUUAACAUUACAUUUACAGGCUUUGGGGUUGGUUAUUUAGAAGAAUUUUUCCUGUUUUGAUCCCAUGAUGUGCAAGGG